AUGGUCAACUUGGCUAUGGCGGUCGCCGUACCUCUGUACAUCUGGCCAACCAUUAACGCCUGGCAACCCCUCUACAACGCCAUCUCAGCAGCCCCAAACACCACCUUCAACAUCAUCAUAAACCCCGACUCGGGGCCCUCGAACGGUGCCUCUCAGCCCGAUAUCAUCUCAGCAGUAACCACGCUGCGCUCACAUAGCAACGUCCAACUCUUCGGCUACGUACACAUCGAAUACGCCAAACGCUCAGCCGACAGCGUCCACAAAGACAUCAAAACCUACUCCACCUGGAAGAAAACAUCAAAAUCCGAUAUCCAUCUCGAUGGCAUUUUCGUCGACGAAGCACCCUGGGAAACCAAAUAUCUGCCCUAUAUGAAGGAUAUCCAAACCUACAUCCACAAUACCAUGCCCAAAUCCCACCAAAAAGUCUGGACGAACCCUGGCAUCCCUAUCGAUGCAAAGUUCUACGAUUACGCGGAUUAUGUCAAUGCGUAUGAGAAUUCGUAUGCGGAUUGGAAUGCUACUGGUCACAACAAGAUUCCUGAGUGCUUGAGGCAGAAGAGCACGGUCAUGAUUCACGACUUUCCCAAGAAUGCACCUGGAAAGUUGAAUUCUGAUACCAAGAAUAUUGUUGCGAAUGGAUAUAAUGCUACUUUCAUCACGACUAGUAGUGGAUACGAAGACUUUUCGGCUAUUUGGUCGCAAUAUGUCAAGGAUGUUGCGAAAUUGACGACGACGACAAAGGUCAAGACUUUGCCGAAUUGCAAAAAAUAG